AAAAGGAGAAGCUGACCUGGACUGACCGCAUGCCUGGAUAUGCAGCAAACUUUGGACUGAUUCUAUUUAUGAUCCUGCUGGCGUUUUCAGCAGUGUUUGGUGUCAUUGUGUACCGAAUCACCACGGCAGCAGCCUUGUCCUUCAGCGCAAACGAGACAACCAGGUCCAACGUUCGAGUCACCGUCACUGCCACUGCUGUCGUCAUUAACCUCGUGGUGGUCCUCAUCCUCGAUGAAAUUUAUGGAGCUGUGGCCAAAUGGCUGACAGAAAUUGAAAUACCAAAAACAGAGAAAAUUUUUGAGGAAAGACUGAUUUUGAAGGCAUUCCUACUGAAGUUUGUGAAUUCUUAUGCAUCAAUUUUUUAUGUUGCCUUUUUUAAAGGAAGGUUUGUUGGCCGUCCUGGUCGUUAUGUGUAUGUGUUUGAAGGUUAUAGGAUGGAAGAGUGUGCUCCAGGAGGGUGUCUGAUGGAACUCUGCAUUCAGCUGAGCAUCAUCAUGCUUGGAAAGCAACUGAUUCAAAACAAUCUCUUUGAAAUUGGAAUCCCGAAGCUCAAGAAGCUCUUUAGGAAGCUGAAGGAUGAAAGAACUGAGGUAAAGGAAAUGGACACCAACCAAUCCAAAGACCCUCAGCAGUGGGAUCUCGACUACAUCUUAGAACCUUUCACUGGGCUGACUCCAGAAUACAUGGAAAUGAUUAUCCAGUUUGGCUUUGUCACACUCUUUGUUGCCUCCUUUCCUCUGGCCCCUGUCUUUGCACUUCUGAACAACAUCAUCGAGGUUCGUCUUGAUGCAAAAAAAUUUGUUACUGAGCUGAGGAGGCCAGACACAGUGAGAGAAAAAGAUAUUGGUAUUUGGUAUAACAUCUUGAGUGGUAUUGGAAAGCUUUCAGUGAUUAUUAAUGCUUUUGUCAUUGCUGUCACCUCCGAUUUCAUCCCACGCCUUAUGUAUCAAUAUGCAUACAGCCAGAAUGGAACCAUGCAUGGCUUCAUCAAUCACACCCUCUCAUACUUCAAUGUCAGCCAGCUCAAGGCUGGGACACAGCCAGAAAACUCCCUGUUUGGUCAGGAGGUUUCAUUCUGCAGGUUCAAAGACUACAGAGAACCACCUUGGUCCCCACAUCAGUAUGAGUUUUCUAAGCAGUACUGGGCAGUCUUGUCAGCUCGCUUGGCUUUUGUGAUUCUAUUUCAGAACCUGGUGAUGUUCCUCAGUGUUCUGGUUGACUGGAUGAUCCCUGACAUUCCCAAGGACAUCAGUGAACAGAUCAAAAAGGAGAAGACCAUGCUUGUUGACUUCUUCCUGAAGGAAGAGCACGAGAAGCUGAAGCUGAUCGAGAGCUUCAUGGCACGCGACAAGCGGAAGCGCAGGAGCGGGAGCAAAGGCAGGAGGAGCAGGGCCGCCAGCUUCUCCCAGUGCCACCGCAGCCCCAAGGGCAGCUCCAGCUCCUUCAGCUCCCAGCACACCGUGGUGUGACUCCCGAGGGAAUGGAACAGCCUGUGCUUGCCUCUGCUUGCUGCCUGAUGUGAUUCUGAGCCUCAACAAGGGAGGGAGAGAAGGGACAGGGAGAAAAGGAGGCUCUUUUGCUUCCUUAGGAUCUCCAGAUGUGAGGGGCUCUGUUACAAUUGAACAGCAUUUCCAGAUUUUGUCAGUGUGAGAUUGGGGCUAUACUGGGGCUGUGGCUGGUUCCUGUGGUGACAAUGCAUGCAAGUUGGGGAGGCAUGCAGGAAUUCUCCUGGCAGGAAUUCCCCUGGCAGCCAUCCCUCCUCCUGCAGGUGCUCCUGCUUUAGUCUCCAUCCUUGGGCAGGUUGGGUUGACCUUGGAGAAGGACUGACCAUGGAGAAGUGCACACACCUGAUGGUCUCAUUGGCUGUAGCUGCCAGUGGAGGGUUUGCAUACAUGUGGAGCCUCGAGGAGUCUUUGUGCCUUCCUAACCUACGCUGCCACAGGGUGCCACCUCUGGAGGGCACACAGGGCUCUGGGAGAUGUGGGAAGAGAAGAAAUUUAAAUCACUGGGCACUUGCAUCUAUGGAUAUAUUGUUCUUUGCUUAGCAGGAGCUGGAAUGCAUGUGCUGGUGAGUAGGGAGGCCAUCAGAAUGGCUGAAGGUCUUUGGCACCCAUUGUCCUGAACAAAAAACUAAAAACCAAACCUUGCAUGUUGGAUUCUCCUCUCAUUCAGUCUUGGAAUUCAGCCAGUGUCAAGAAGAAUCAUGACACUGAACCACCAGUGCAAAGCUGAGGAGUGAGAAUGGAAUCGAGCCCUGGAAAUCAUGUGGCAUCUCAAUGUACACUGCAUAGAAAGUAACAAAAAUUGCUGCUGUUGUGAUUUACUGUAAAGUAAUAUAUUUUGCAGAAUUGCAUUUCACGGGAAGAUAUACAUAUUCACUAACCAAGCUACAAGCAUUUAAGGAAUAACUUUACUCUGUCAUGAAUGAAAAAUUUUCUUUAAAAAUCUGUUUCUUUUCCUGUUGAUUUUGUCUCUAACUCAGCUUGAAAUUCAGAGUCUGGACAAAAGUUUUUUUCUUCUCAUUUUGUCUUCUCAACAAUACUUUCAAAAUCAGAAAAAAUACAAACCAAAAGAAAUACUUCAUCCUCAGCCAUUCUACUCAGGAUUGGUCUUUAACAUAAUAAUCUUAUUUUAUAUAUUUCUGAAGCCUAAGAUUUUACUAAUGUCUUAAAUGAAAAGAUUUUUCUCUGUGACAACUUUUGGUACAUAAUGAGAGGUGCAAAAAUAAUUUCUUUUUUUCAUUAAGUGCCCAAAUUAAGGCACAUCAAAAUGGGAGAACUGUUUCAGGGUGGCUGAAAUGAAAAAAACAAAUUUUUGGAGUUUCAUUUUUAAAAUUUACUUUUGGGUUAUUUAUUCCUUCCACAUAGAAAUGGAAUUUGAAACUGUAAUGUCAUCUGGAAUAAAAUUGCAAAUGUUUAACUUUCUUGAAAAAAAAA